AAAUUCAUUGUGUAAUUUCCUUUUCAAGCAAAAUAUCCGAGUAAUUCUUUCGCGGAUAAUUUUGGUGUAAUGUUCGUUGUUAUGGGCUGUCCAAGUCCGCCUUCUUCACACGACAAAUUGAUUGUCUUGACAAUAGCUAUUUAAAGGCAAACAGGAAACGACAAAAACGUCAUACGUUAUUAGGCUCUAGAGGCAAGUUUGAUGGGUAUGUGACAGCGGCUCCGCCAAUCGUCGCGCUAAUAGUUUCAUUACAGUAAUUGAGCAGUACGCCUAAGUGAUUUAUGAAUGUCCAGUAGAGAGCGACAUUAGGUCUCUAUGGUGUAUAAAUAAAAUCGUUUAAUGAUUGAUUACAACAGCAAAACUUUAUACUCGAACAGGCAGGGCUGUUUAUGAGUUUGACUCGCUUCAGGGUCUUGGGUCAACUGUUCUUCGUACCAGGCAAACAGCGGCGCAAUCAAUAGACUGACCAACAACUUUUGCUGGACAUACAUUCACGCAGGUCGAAUAAUUAAUAUCGCUCUAACAAAAAGCUCGUUCUGGCUGUGCAUUAUCUUAAAGCCAACACACAAGCUCUCGAGUACUGUUUAGUUUUCCGUUUGCUAUGAUGACAUCCGUUGAAAGCCCGGAAGGCCAGCUUAACACACGUGCUGGUCUGCCUCUCGGCUGCACCACUAGCUCAAUACUUCAGGGUCAAGACUUCGAUUUCGACCGUCACGUCGAUUCACUCAUGUCGUACUCUCGUCCAUCGAGUUACUACGAGGACAUGCACGGUACAUCGACAACCAUUCCCAACCAAGUUCAGACGGGAUAUUCUCAGAUACAUACUAUGGCGUUCGGCUUCUCAUCAGGUCUACCUCACGGACAGCUAAGGUCAGACUCCAUAGAAGUGGAACUCGAGAAUAAAGAUCUUUGGGACAAGUUCCAUGAAAUAGGGACGGAGAUGAUCAUUACGAAAACGGGACGACGCAUGUUUCCUGUGAUCAGAGUGAACAUAAGCGGCUUAAAUCCAAAGGAGGAGUACGUCUUGGUGUUGGACAGCAUUCCAGCAGAUGACAACAGGUACAAGUUUCACAACUCUGAAUGGUCAGUCACCGGUAAGGCUGAACCUCUGAUACCGACCAGAAUCUUCGUUCACCCCGACUCGCCGGGAACCGGGUCACAGUGGAUGCGCCAAGUGGUUUCCUUUCAGAAGAUGAAAUUGACCAACAAUCACAUGGAUCAAAUGGGACACGUUAUUCUGAACUCGAUGCAUAAGUACCAGCCACGUGUUCAUGUUAUUCCAGCGAAGGACUACAGUCCGUAUGGCUUGAGGAAGGGAUCUUUUUACACCUUCGUGUUUCCAGAGACUCAAUUCAUGGGAGUGACUGCCUAUCAAAAUCCAAGGAUCACCCAGCUGAAGAUAGAAAAUAACCCGUUUGCGAAGGGUUUUCGAGGAAGUUGCAAUAGUACCAUGCAUCAUAUCGCCAUGAAAAGAAAGUCCCCAGACGACUGUAACGAUGCUGAUGGUCUCUCCCUCUCUCCUGCGGGGUCUUCGUCGAGUGGCGAAUCAUGCAAACGAACCUUCCAGGACUCUCCGCCAAAAUUCCCUGAUAUCAACGACCCUUCUCCACCCUUGAUGGGGCAUACAGGAAGCGCAUUCGGCCAUGUCAUGUUCCCUCGUCGUCCGUCGGAAUCAUUUGACUCGUCGUGCGCUUUUGCCUCGCUUCAGAGCAGCUGUCGGCAGCAGUCAUUCUGUUCCGAGAGGCCUGCUGCAUCAACACCGCCAUCCUCAACACUGAACCUGGCUCCACAUCCAUACGUACACAGCCUUCCAAUGAACUCUCUAACAUCGCUGUCUUCAACUAGUGCUCUCUCGCAUCCAAGUCAUCCAUCUCGGCCGCUCUUGCAUCCGGGUUACAUGGGACAUCCCAACGAGCAUACAAUUCAUCACACUCCUGCGCAUCUCACUGCGCAUGUGCAUUCCGCGUUAAAUGGCUAUCCAGAGAGUUUGAGAGCAGAGCGACCCGACUAUGGACUGGGAAGAGGUGAUUUCAGCAAACCGCUGACGAUAUCCACAACGUUUCAUUCUGGUUUCCCGGGGAACCCUCCACCUUAUCCGUAUCAUUAAAUAUAAUGUAUUCCAAAUAUGGUCGGGGUGGGUCUUCGCUACACGUGAGUGAUAGAAAAUUAGGUAAACCAUCUUAAAUUUAGCAUUUACACUGCGUUUUCCUCCAUUCUAUAAGUGGAAUCUUAUUUAUUUAUUUAACAGGGGCAGCUUUCCAGAUCAGAGCUGUCCCUACGACAAAGGAGACUAACUGUCGUAGCGUUAAGACUGGAUAAAAGCAUACUCCUGCAAAGAUUACACUCUUUAAGGCAAUCAAUGCAAAGUACUCGAGAGCUGGUAACUCUUUGUUGAAGUACAGUGGAAAAGAAAGAUUCCAAAAGGAUGCUCGGAUUUUCAUUGAUUGGGAAUUGAGGAGGAAAGCUCGCUACAACGUCCACUCAUGUUUAGAUAUAUUGCCUUGUGGUUCAAAAUUGAUUCAGUUAUGUGCGGUCCUUGUUCAAGUCGCAUGAACACUGCAAAAUGCUGAAAAGUGUACAUCAUAGUUACAGUAAGUCUCGCUUUAACUCAUCUUUCUUUCGCGUGACUUUUAUUCAAAUACGAGGUCAGUUUACUUUUUCUAUUUAUGCAGUAGGCAACGCAAGAUACAGAACUCUCUUCGGUAAAUAGGUAGUUAAUCCGAAGCGGAAAUAGGCUACCUCAAUAAUAGGGUAGCAGUAGCACGAGGGGACAUAUCGGCAUUACUGAAAACUUAAUUUCAAGCAAACUUCCCCCCUCGAACGAAACGUAAAAUUCUAAACCCUUCCACCAGCAGAAGAGAUCAAAACGGAAUUUUCCCUUUUGAGGUUAAAUAGAUUUUCAAGCAGAAGGGUGAUAAGUAGAAAGAUAAUAAAUACUAUUUCAAUUAUCACCAAAUUUUCACAUUAGAAUGUUAGGAGAAGUAGGCCAGACACUGUUUGCGGAGAGUUUGUUUUAGAUCUCUGAGGUAAAAGGGCCAAACAUAUUUUCCAACCUUACCCUUUCACUGCCAAAGUUGAUCAAAUAUACAACUUUUCCUGACACUCAUGAAACAUUCUCGCAAAACAUAUCAAUAUCAGGAAAUCAUGAGUUGAAUGAUUUUGACUUGAUCCAAUAUUGACUUCUCUAAACUGAAAUUUAAGGAAAUAUUUGGCACUUGCUGGGGAGAAUGAUGAUUUUUGAUCUUGGAUUGAAAGGGUUGAAGAGUAAAAUCCGUUUGAAAUUGUUUUUUACUCCUGACCAAAUUUAAAUAAAUCUUUGGGUGGGUUACUUUAUAACUAUGUAAUUUAGAUUGUUAAUUUUUUAUGCCGCAAAAUGACGUUUAUUUCCCUCGCUUUUUGAUUUUUAACAGAAGUCACCAGGUAAUAGAAACAUGUGUGACUUGCCCGAAUAGAAAAUUGUUUAAAGUUUCGUUAUUGCGUGACGAAAGUAACGCAAGGUAAAUCUUAAAAUAGUACAUUACCCAAAAUAACAAAAAAAAAAAUGUGAAUUACAAAACGGUUUGGUUUUAUUUCAUAAAUAAUGUCACUUUAGAGGAGAUUCAAACACGCUGUAGCUAAAUUUUAAUGCCAAGAUUUAAGUAAUCGUAUUUAUUUCUGAGCUCUUGUUUUAUACAUAUAUGUAUCUCUUACUUGCGAAAGACAAGUUCUCAAAACCGAAAGGUAAACAAGUCAGUUAUGCGUUUUAGUUUUCUGGAAAAUAGCAUAUAUAUGAGAAUAUUUAUAAACUGUAGGAAGAAUAUAAUAUGUCGGCUUGCUUUUUCAACAUGAACAGAACCGCGGUAUGAUAUUAAAAUUAUUAAUCAGCACA